AUUAUCGACUCAAUGACAGAUAAAAUUUAUUUUCAAAAUUUCAUUUGUUUCGUUGCCACGGAAAUAGUUUAACCUUAGAAGUGAUUAAACGAAAAUCAAAUGUACAUAAAUGUCAGCAAAAAUGGGAGAUAAUUCCUUGAAACGACAAUUGCUUAUAGAAGGGGAUGAUAAGUAUUUCUAUAUAAUUACUGAUACUGCAGUAAUAGUAGAUCCAAAAGUAAAAAGACUGAUAGAAGGAGAUGUCGUGAGCUUUGGAUGGCCAGAAGGAGCAAAAGUCCCUAUAAUUUACAAAGGACGAAUAUUGAAAUUUUCCACGAAAGAAUCGGAUUUACAAGAUCUGAUAAAAAAGAUAAAAAAUCAAAGAUCGAAGGAAAGGAAUACGAGCAAAGAAAACAAGAAACGAAACUUGUCACAAGCAGGCAAUUCCGAAACAAACAGUGAGAAAAAACGUUCCAAAAAUACGUCAAUCGCUGAUGAAAAUGCAAAAGACAGCAAAAAGGUUGUCGAUUCGAAAACUAAUGACAAAAUCCUAAGUCAUAAACGGGAAUCUAAUGUUUUAUGCGCUGCUGAACAAUUUAAAAUUUUGGAAAGAAUAUCAGAAACAGAUAUCAAGGAUUUUUCUCAAGCAACUCUUCUCAAAGAAAAGUUUAUGAAGAUUCGUAAUAUUGCACUGUCACUUCUGGAUGAAAUUGAUACUCUUGAAGAAGAUGUUGAACGAAUGAAUACUAAAGGAAAUGAUUCAAGAACAUCGCAUUUGCAUUCCUUUUCAACAAAGAAAUUAACUCCAGCUACAUCAAAUAUUGAGAUUGAUUCACUGUUGAAAGAUAAGGAAGAAAGCAACAUUCAGCCUAGCAUCGUUACUCAAUCUUAUGAAUCUACAUCUGAUGAAGAAACUGACGAGAGUUCAAAAGAUAAAGAUACAGAUUUUAAGGAAAAAGAGAAAAAAGAACAUGAAAAUAAGAACAAUGUUGAAAUGGAAAGUGAUGGAAAGAAUUAUGAAUCUGAUGAUGAUCAAAAGAUUCCAGCCGAUCAAGAAGAUAAAACGACACUUCUCUAUCCUACACAUAUUCCUGGUUUUACGUGUGAAUUGUAUCCUGACUGCGACAUUUAUGUUGAAGAAGAAUCACUUAAAAAGGUGAAAAAAGAGGCAAAUAAUCCUACAGGGUAUGCUAGGUCCCUUUUGAGCUUAAUUUUUAACCCUGAUGCUCUUUCGUCGUGUUCGUUGCAAGGAAAGGGAAAAUCAAAAAAACCUGGACUUAAUUCAAGGGGUUUGGAUGGUCUAUUAACCGCGGUUCAGAAACGAAUCAAAAAUAAAAUCAACUGGGAAAAAGUUUCAAAUGCAACAAUCAAGGCAUCAUUGAGAUCAAGGCUUAUCGAAGCAGCAAAAAAAUCAAAAAGUGUUUAAAUGUUAUUCCAAUCAAACUAAUAGAAGUGAAAUUUACUAAAAUUGCAGAUUAUGCAAUUAUUUAUCUAAACGUGUUUCAAAAAAAAAAAUGGUGUUACUACUAUUUUCUUUAUUACCACUAGUAACAAUUUUUUUUACUUAUUCUGAGUACUUCAUUUAAAUACGUCGAUGUAAUUUAAUUACAUGUUUUCUAAUAAAUAUUUUUCCAU